AUCGCGAUAUUGUCAUGUCAGGCUGGCCUGAAGGAACCGAACGCGUCAACCCCAGCCGUUUACUGCAGCAUGAACGAGAUGAAAUCGAGCGUCGGCUGGUAUCGGGACCACUUGAACUACUCUACACUUGCAUUGCUGGAAGGACUUUAGUAGGAGUUUAAGACUAUGAAAUAGUAUGGCUGCGGUAUGUCUUGUAUAUGUCUCCAUAUUUUCCUGCUUAUUCAUAAUCUAGUAGGGGAUGGUAGGGUGGCAUGGCUCUAUCUAACGUAUCCAAUGAUACUGCACAAAUAUUCUUUAAAGAUUUUACAUUAUUUCCACAAAGGGCAAGUCUACUGUCAAUACAACAUACAUAUUACUGUUAUCAUGGUGACUCCUAUAGCAAGUGGCUCUCUGUCAUCAGUGUACCGGCAUUCCCUGCCAUCGACUUGACGGCACCCAUCUUUCGAGUGCGGCAAUAAUUUGCUCA